GAGGUUGGGGCUGGGAAAGCCGUCGAGGAGGAGCUGCCUCCGCCUGCGCCUAGACUCUUCUCUGUGUGCGAGCGCGGAGGCUGCGUGCUGGUUGAUCGCUGCCGCCCUACGGAGCUCCGAGCUCGAACCCCAGCCCUGGAAUCCUAGGAAUGUAAAGACAUCAAAAUGGAACCAAGUAUGGAUGCAAAUUCAAUUACUAUCACUGUUGAGGGAAUGACAUGUAUUUCCUGUGUCCGGACCAUUGAGCAGCAGAUUGGGAAAGUGAAUGGUGUCCAUCACAUUAAAGUUUCCCUAGAAGAAAAAAGUGCAACCAUUAUUUAUAACCCUAAACUUCAGACUCCAAAGACCCUCCAAGAAGCUAUCGAUGACAUGGGCUUUGAUGCUCUUCUCCACAAUGCUAACCCUCUUCCUGUCUUAACCAAUACUGUAUUUCUGACUGUUACUGCUCCACUGGCUCUGCCAUGGGACCAUAUCCAAAGUACAUUGCUCAAGACCAAGGGUGUGACUGGCGUUAAGAUUUCCCCUCAGCAAAGAAGUGCAGUGGUUACCAUAAUCCCAUCUGUGGUGAGUGCUAAUCAGAUCGUGGAGCUGGUCCCAGACCUCAGUUUAGACAUGGGAACUCAGGAGAAAAAGUCAGGAACUUCUGAAGAGCAUAGCACGCCUCAGGCAGGGGAAGUCCUGCUGAAGAUGAGAGUGGAAGGGAUGACCUGCCAUUCAUGCACUAGCACCAUUGAAGGAAAAGUUGGAAAGCUGCAAGGUGUACAACGCAUUAAAGUCUCCCUAGACAACCAAGAAGCUACUAUUGUUUAUCAACCUCAUCUGAUCACAGCAGAGGAAAUAAAGAAGCAGAUUGAAGCUGUGGGUUUUCCCGCCUUCAUAAAAAAACAGCCAAAGUACCUCAAAUUGGGAGCCAUUGACGUUGAGCGCCUGAAGAACACACCAGUCAAAUCUUCAGAAGGAUCUCAGCAAAAGAGCCCAGCAUAUCCCAGUGACUCAGCAAUCACAUUUACCAUAGAGGGCAUGCAUUGUAAAUCAUGUGUGUCAAAUAUUGAAAGUGCUUUAUCUACACUCCAGUAUGUAAGCAGCAUAGUAGUUUCUUUAGAGAAUAGGUCAGCCAUUGUAAAGUACAAUGCAAGCUUAGUCACUCCAGAAAUACUGAGAAAAGCGAUAGAGGCCGUCUCUCCAGGACAAUACAGAGUUAGUAUUUCAAGUGAAGUUGAAAGUCCCACCAGCUCUCCCUCCAGCUCAUCUCUUCAGAAGAUGCCUUUGAACUUAGUGAGCCAGCCUCUGACCCAAGAAGUUGUAAUCAACAUUAAUGGCAUGACUUGUAAUUCUUGUGUGCAGUCGAUAGAGGGUGUAAUAUCGAAGAAGCCAGGUGUAAAAUCCAUCCACGUUUCCCUCACAAAUAGCACCGGGACUAUUGAAUAUGAUCCUCUACUAACCUCUCCAGAACCCUUGCGAGAAGCAAUUGAAGACAUGGGAUUUGAUGCUGUCCUUCCAGCAGACAUGAAAGAGCCACUGGUGGUGAUAGCUCAGCCCUCACUGGAAACACCUCUUUUGCCCUCAACUACUGAGCCAGAAAAUGUGAUGACACCAGUUCAGAACAAGUGUUACAUACAGGUCUCGGGGAUGACGUGUGCUUCUUGUGUAGCAAACAUUGAACGGAACUUAAGACGAGAAGAAGGAAUAUAUUCUGUACUUGUAGCCCUAAUGGCUGGCAAGGCGGAAGUAAGAUAUAACCCAGCUGUUAUCCAACCCCGAGUGAUAGCAGAGCUUAUUCGAGAGCUUGGCUUUGGAGCUAUGGUGAUGGAAAAUGCUGGAGAAGGCAAUGGCAUUUUGGAACUUGUUGUGAGAGGAAUGACGUGUGCCUCCUGUGUCCAUAAAAUUGAGUCAACGCUCACAAAACACAAAGGGAUCUUCUACUGCUCUGUGGCCCUGGCAACGAACAAAGCACAUAUUAAAUAUGAUCCGGAAAUUAUUGGUCCCAGAGAUAUUAUCCAUACCAUUGGAAAUUUAGGUUUUGAAGCUUCUUUGGUCAAGAAAGAUCGAUCAGCCAACCACUUAGAUCAUAAACGAGAAAUAAAACAAUGGAGAGGGUCUUUCCUUGUGAGCCUGUUUUUCUGUAUCCCUGUAAUGGGACUGAUGAUCUAUAUGAUGGUUAUGGACCACCACCUUGCAACUCUAAACCAUAAUCAGAACAUGAGUAAUGAAGAAAUGAUCAACAUGCAUUCUUCUAUGUUCCUGGAGCGUCAGAUCCUGCCGGGACUGUCCAUUAUGAAUUUGUUGUCCCUUUUAUUGUGUCUACCUGUACAGUUUUGUGGAGGCUGGUACUUCUACAUUCAGGCUUACAAAGCGCUGAGGCAUAAGACAGCAAAUAUGGAUGUGCUGAUUGUGUUGGCAACCACCAUCGCAUUUGCCUACUCUCUGGUCAUUCUUCUGGUUGCAAUGUAUGAGAGAGCCAAAGUGAACCCUAUUACCUUCUUUGAUACACCUCCUAUGCUGUUUGUGUUUAUCGCACUAGGCCGAUGGCUGGAACACAUAGCGAAGGGCAAAACUUCCGAGGCUCUUGCAAAGCUAAUUUCCUUACAAGCAACAGAAGCAACUAUUGUAACUCUUAACUCUGAAAAUCUCCUCCUGAGUGAAGAACAAGUGGAUGUGGAACUUGUACAACGUGGAGAUAUCAUUAAGGUAGUUCCAGGAGGCAAAUUUCCAGUGGAUGGCCGUGUUAUUGAAGGGCAUUCUAUGGUAGACGAGUCCCUCAUCACAGGGGAGGCAAUGCCUGUGGCUAAGAAACCUGGCAGCACGGUGAUUGCAGGUUCCAUUAACCAGAAUGGAUCGCUCCUCAUCCGGGCAACACACGUAGGGGCAGAUACAACACUUUCUCAAAUCGUCAAACUUGUAGAGGAGGCACAGACAUCAAAGGCUCCUAUCCAGCAGUUUGCAGACAAACUCAGUGGCUACUUUGUUCCUUUUAUCGUCUUGGUUUCCAUUGUUACCCUCUUGGUGUGGAUUAUAAUUGGAUUUCAAAAUUUUGAAAUCGUGGAAGCCUACUUUCCCGGCUACAACAGAAGCAUCUCCCGAACAGAAACCAUAAUCCGCUUUGCUUUCCAAGCCUCUAUCACAGUUCUGUGUAUCGCAUGUCCCUGUUCACUGGGACUAGCCACUCCAACUGCUGUGAUGGUGGGCACAGGAGUAGGUGCUCAGAAUGGCAUACUUAUCAAAGGUGGGGAGCCCCUGGAGAUGGCUCAUAAGGUAAGAUUGGUAGUGGUAUUUGACAAGGCCGGAACCAUUACCAUGGAACCCAGUAGUGGCGAAGUAAAGGUUCUGGUGGAAAGUAACAAGAUAUCACGCAAUAAGAUCCUGGCCAUCGUGGGAACUGCAGAAAGUAACAGUGAACAUCCUUUAGGAGCAGCUGUAACCAAAUAUUGCAAGCAGGAGCUGGACACUGAAACCUUGGGUACCUGCACAGAUUUCCAGGUUGUACCCGGCUGUGGAAUUAGCUGUAAAGUCACCAAUAUUGAAGGUUUGCUACAUAAGAGUAACUUGAAGAUAGAAGAAAAUAACAUUAAAAAUGCAUCCCUGGUUCAAAUUGAUGCAAUUAAUGAACAGUCAUCAACUUCAUCAUCUAUGAUUAUUGAUGCUCAUCUCUCAAAUGCUGUUAAUACUCAGCAGUACAAAGUCCUCAUUGGUAACCGGGAAUGGAUGAUUAGAAAUGGUCUUGUCAUAAGUAAUGAUGUGGACGAGUCUAUGAUUGAACAUGAAAGAAGAGGCCGGACUGCUGUGUUGGUGACAAUCGAUGAUGAACUGUGUGGCUUGAUCGCUAUUGCUGAUACUGUGAAACCCGAGGCAGAGCUGGCUGUGCACAUUCUGAAAUCUAUGGGUUUGGAAGUAGUUCUGAUGACUGGAGACAACAGUAAAACAGCUCGGUCUAUUGCUUCUCAGGUCGGCAUCACUAAGGUGUUUGCUGAAGUUCUGCCUUCCCACAAAGUUGCUAAGGUGAAGCAGCUUCAGGAGGGAGGAAAAAGCGUAGCAAUGGUAGGAGAUGGAAUCAAUGACUCUCCAGCUCUGGCAAUGGCAAACGUCGGAAUUGCCAUCGGCACAGGCACAGAUGUAGCCAUUGAAGCAGCUGAUGUGGUUUUGAUAAGGAAUGACCUUCUGGAUGUUGUGGCAAGUAUUGACUUGUCAAGGAAAACAGUCAAGAGGAUUCGAAUCAAUUUUGUCUUUGCUCUGAUAUAUAAUCUGAUUGGAAUUCCCAUCGCUGCUGGAGUUUUUCUGCCCAUCGGCUUGGUUUUACAACCCUGGAUGGGAUCUGCAGCCAUGGCCGCUUCAUCUGUCUCUGUGGUACUUUCUUCCCUUUUCCUCAAGCUUUACAGGAAGCCAACAUAUGACAAUUAUGAGUUGCGUCCCCGGAGCCACACAGGACAGAGGAGUCCUUCAGAAAUCAGCGUGCACGUUGGAAUAGAUGAUACCUCCAGAAAUUCUCCGAGACUGGGUUUACUGGACCGGAUUGUCAAUUACAGCAGAGCCUCCAUAAAUUCACUGCUGUCUGACAAACGCUCCCUCAACAGCGUCGUCACUAGUGAGCCUGAUAAGCACUCACUUCUGGUGGGAGACUUCCGGGAAGAUGACGACACCACACUGUAACAGGCCUUCGGGGAUGCUGCUAGUCAAAGUUCAUGUGCACUGACACAGCACUUACAUUGAUGUAGAAGGAUUGUACGUCAAUCUCAUGCUCUUAUGUGCAGGAUUCUGAGUUGUAAUUGUUAAUGGCAAAAAUACCUUUCUCAGGGCAGGAGCUCUGAACCUGGCAUUAUGUAAAACAAAUUCCCAGCAGUUUUGUUUGAUUAGGGAUACAGACGGUAGAGCAGCGAGUUAGAACCAGCUCUAUAGUUAGAAGUUGCUAACUUUUGCUAAUAGGGCAACUCAUUUUUAUUUGACCAAAAAAAAAGUGCCCAAAGACAGGACAAUUAAAAAUGUGAAGAUUUGAGAGCAUGACCUUGAGGGUAUCCUUGAGCCUGUAUCCUUGCCCCACUUGGGAGCAAUGGCUUUGAAAGCACUGUACCUAGCACCUAGUUUAGAGGGAAAACAGUUGCGACUGUCCUAAAAUAGAUGUGCCUUAUUUAUUAUAGGCUUGCUUUCACCUCAUAAUUCUGUGUCCUUGACCUUCAGUUUCCAAUCACCUACAGGACAGCUUUUGACAUCUUCUUUCAAGUGAGCCAAGUUUAUGUGGUUUUUCUUUGAUUAAAAGUAACUGACAACAGUCACUUGAAAUGAGGCCAAAGGAUUACAAGUUCAAAGCCAGCCUUGACUAUAUACACUAAGACCCUGUCUUAAAGCGUUUUUGUAACUGACAGCUCUUCUGAAAUCUUACUUUUCUAAUCACAUUGUGAGUUCUGUUCACUGUUGGCAGAAAUCUCCGAGUCUUUGUUCAGUUUCCCUAGCCCUGUGCUGGCUUUCAGUUCCUUCUUGUUGAGUUCAGCUUUGUUCAUAGUGGAUGGAGUCUGUCUAUCAGUCCCAGUCUAGAAACUUAACAUUUGAACCUCUUUCACUGAAAAAUUCUUCAAAGAGUAACACUAAUAUAUUAACAUAUGUAGGCCAUAGAAAAGUACUUGGACUCAUUAAAUUCAUCUUUUGGGAUAAAAUCACUUGGCUGGUAUAUUGUAAUUUAAUAAAAUUUUAGUUACCUCUUAUGUUUUAGAUAACUUAUCAAAAUGAAUUUAAAAUAUUCUUAUCACACAGAGCUGCUUUUAUCGAGAUACACACCAAACUGUUAUAGAGAAAUCAGAAUAUCCCUGGUUUAUGAUAUCUUGUAAACAAAUAUGUUGUUCUUUCAUUCAAAAUAUUUGUGCUUAUAAACUCCUAAUCUUUCAUUUUCAUCCCAUACUUCAAGCUACUAGCACAAUGCUUAACAUAUAAUUUGUGCUCUGAAAAUGUUCACUUCUCCUUUUCAAGUCAAUAUUGAAUAUAAAAAUAAUUUUUGUAUUACUGGAGUGUAAAGUGAAAUGGAGAAUGGGUUUUGUCCACUCCACCCCCUUUCUCUCCUCUUCCUUUCACACCCAACACCCAAAAACGUUUACAUUCUUCACUUUGGUCUUUCCAGACUUGGGAAAGACCUAACUUCUAUCUUAGCUGUCUUAGAGAGGUAAAACUUUUGAUGAAGGUGCUAUUAAUCUAGAAAGGCAAACCUGUUUUAAUGAAGUAUGAUUAAGUUUAUAUGCUUAAACUGUAUUUUAAACCAGUACCUAUGUUGUCUUAAGAGUUUGAGUUUGGAUAUUUGUUUCUUAAUUCUAGCAGAUCAUCAUAGUAAAGCUCAUUGACUUCUAGAAGAAAGAGCUAAACUGGAGAUGUAGAAUAGUUUUUUCUUGUUCUGGAUCCAGAUUGAGAAUACAAGUGCCCCAGUCCUCAGCCAGUUUCUCCUUUGGUUACGCAUGUGUUGUUGAGUCGUCCUCUAGCCCCCACGUCACGUUAGAGGACAGUGAGAAUAGUAUUUCAGGUCUCACUGCCAGACGAGAACCUGUUUGAGAGCAGCUGUAUUCCUAGGAGAGGAGGGUCAUUUAGAGAGGGGAUCAAGCACAUGCUUUCAGGUGGCCACGAGUUUAGGUAAUGAGCCACUGCUCAGAACAGGUUUUGUGCGUGCAUGUGUGUAUGUGUAGAUGUACAUACACAGAGAGACAGGCGGAGAGAGGCAGACAGGGAGAAAGAACAUACAUCUGCUUUGAGGUUCUUUAUACCUUCUUUGUUACUUCCUUACUUACUCAGCAACCAUUGUCCCUGUCAGAAGCACCAUGGACACUUUGUUGUCCAGUGCUAAUACAGAUUUGGCUAGGGGCCACCUUUGAACUUAAAUAUCCAAAGAUGCCUUUUGAAUUUAAAGAUUAAAAUACAACUCAAAUAUUUACUCUUGUAGUUUUAAAAGUAUAGUUAUUAGGUGUGAAGUAGAAAUGUUGCUUUUCCUACUUUAGUAUCAACAUUUUAGUAUGUUAAAUUUGAUGCCUUAUGAACAAAUAAUUUUAUAUUAUGCUUUAAUUUUUUUAAAAAUGUCUUCAUUCAGCUAGAUAUAGAGAAUGAUUGAAAUAGCACUAUAGAUAAGAUGUUUCCAAAAAUGUGAGUGUGCAUAUCUUUUCUGUACACAGCUUAAAAUCAAAAAGAUAUAGUAGAGGAUUUUUCCAUUAUGUGUAGUUUCUGUUUUAAAAUUAUUUUUCAUAAUAUUUAUUUUAUUCUACUUUGUUAUUUUCUUUGUAUGAGGCAUCUGGUUAAUAAUAAUAAUUCUCCUCCUCUUCCUCCUCCUCCUCCUCCUCCUCCUUCUUCUUCUUUUUUUCAUAUAGACAUUCCUGAUAAUCACUUCUUUGAGUUAUUUUGUUUUCUGUAUUAAAAAGACCUAUUUCUGUACCAAAUAUAAACAUACAGAUUCAUGCCAAAUCUUUACCAACUUUGACACUAACUUUCUUACGUCCUUUAGUCUGGUGUGAGUAACUAGAUAGAACACAAAUCCUAAAAUUCUUAUUCCUCAAUCAUAUUAGCUUCUUUAAUGAUGUUAAUAAUUAACUUUUGUAGCCAUAACCAGGUGUCUCAACCUUGUGUUUUUAAAGAAAUGUAUUGUAAAACUUUGGUUAGAAUCCAAAACAGGAGCGGGCAACUUUGUGCAAUAUUUCGUUACUGUAGUUUAGUUUAUUUUUCCCUCAUGCGCAUGUAAUUGAUAUUUCUGCCGAAGAUGUGCCUUCAACUUUAUAAUUAUAGUGUUGUUUUAAAAAAAUGUUGUCAAGUGUUGCUGUGUUAAGUCGUCCAGCCCCCUCUACCCUCGUUGUGUUAUUUGGGGUUGUUUGGCCGUUUCAGCUGUUAAUCCAUGCUGUACCAGGACCAGAGGCAGCAGCACACAUUCAGGUAGGGGACAAAAGUCUGUUGUCUUUCCGAUCCCACUGCCCUGGUGCUGUCACUUAGAACAAGAGACAAAGGAAUGUGUAUGGCCUCUUCUCCUUUGUAGUGUCUAAUAAAUUCUUGAUAUAGUAUCCACCCUA